UCUUACUCUCUCUCUCUCUCUCUCUCUCUCUCUUCCAACAUCCUUUGAAAAAUCCAGCACCAGGUAAGCAGAUAUUGGCAUAAUAAAUGGAGCGGAAUUCGAACGAAGAUCUGCUCUGUCGCAGCGCGAAUCGAUCGCAUCAGCAGCACCAUCAGGACUUAUCGAGGAAUCUCGGAAUUCCCGAGGGCUUUCCAGGGAUGAAAGGUGGCGUUUGGGGCUUGGGACCGGACCUGGAUGAGCUGCUGGGGCUGGAGAUGGGAGUAGAACAGGAAAACGAGAAUCGGAUUUCGAAAGAGGAGGAGAAGCGAAGGAACGGUGGCGGGAUUUUCAGCGCAGAUGGAGUAGACGUUUCCUGUGCUGAUUUGAGUUUCGGUUCCGGCAACAACUGCACGGAUACGGUAAGCAGCAUUACAGCUUGUGGUCCCCCACGAAUGUGGACACAGAAUCCAACAGCCAGGCAUUCAAGCAUUUCUCCGACCAUUGAUUCCCAAUCAUCAAUAUGUGGCCCUGCAUCCGCAUGUAGCGGUUUAACAGUUGCAUACACUGGUUCAGCUGGAAGUCCGAUUUCGCCUCAUAAGCUUAAAAGUGGAGAUAAUCAAGGACAAGGAGGAACGAGCGGUUCUUCCAGGGAGCAGUCGGAUGAUGAUGAUGAAGCUGGGCCAUGUGAGCAAAGCAAGGAUGGCAUCGAUUUGAGGAGCAUGAGAAGAAAGGUGUCCAAUCGGGAGUCUGCUAGACGAUCAAGAAGAAGAAAGCAAGCGCAUUUGGCUGAUCUUGAAUCACAGGUCGAUCAACUGAGAGGAGAAAAUGCUUCUCUAUACAAGCAGCUGACGGAUGCUAGUCAACAAUUCAAUGAAGCCGCUACGGAUAAUCGGGUGCUGAAAUCAGAUGUGGAAGCUUUGAGAAUGAAGGUGAAAAUGGCAGAGGACAUGGUUGCCAGAGGCUCUCUGACUUGCAGCUUGAAUCACCUGCUUCAAAACCAUUCCCCACCAUCCCCAUCACUCAAUGCCCGCCGUUUAGGAGUCCCAGACAUAGGUGUCUCUGUCUGCGGACAGAUCCCGACUGUCGUAUUAGAAAAUGGCGACACCCCCAAUGGGAAUAUCAGGACCAGAGUGAAUAACAUCACGCAGUUGCAAAGGAUCGCAAGCUUGGAACAUUUGCAGAACAGGAUUUCCGGCGAGGCACUGAGCUGUGGGUCCGAGAUUUGGCCGUGGGAUGCACAAGUAACUCCGGUAUCCAAGCAGAUCUGAGGCCUACAACGCUACCUACAGUAUGUGGGUCCGACACAGGUACGACAUUGAUGCAGUGUAUACACUGAAAAUUGAAGUGUAGGGGGCUGCAUGGCUAUGAAAUGGUUAGUAGAGAUUUCAUGUUAUCCUCUUCCCUGUGUUUGAAUUUUAUGUUAAAACAAUGUUGCUUGCUUUGUGCCCUUUUCAUUUCUGAUAAUUAGAAAAGACAGUAAAUUAAUGGUUUGAUCUCUUA